CCCAGCGUCCACGUAAAGAGGAAGGGCUACGAGUCUUUCCAAAAUGGCGACGACCAUAGAGAGUAGCAAUGCUGGAGCGGCGAGCAAGAAAAAACACCUCGGAAUCCCCGAAGCGAUAUUUGUGGAGGAUGUGGAUUCCUUUAUGAAGCAGCCCGGCAAUGACACAGCAGAUGCUGUACUGAGGAAACUCGAUGAACAGUAUCAGAAAUAUAAAUACAUGGAACUCAACCUGGCUCAGAAGAAGCUGAGGUUGAAAAGCCAGAUUCCACAAAUCAAGCAAACAUUAGAAAUCUUACGGCACAUGCAGAAGAAAAAGGACACUACAGAUCCAAUGGAGACACACUUCCUAUUGGCUGAUAAUGUGUACUGCAAGGCCUCUGUCCCACCCACAGAUAAAGUGUGUUUGUGGCUUGGGGCAAACGUAAUGUUGGAGUAUGAUAUAGAUGAAGCUCAGUCGCUUUUGGAGAAGAACCUCGCCACAGCCUCCCGGAACUUGGAGUCCCUAGAAGAGGACCUGGACUUCCUCCGAGACCAGUUCACAACCACUGAAGUCAAUAUGGCGCGUGUCUAUAACUGGGACGUCAAGAGGAGGAGCAAAGACAACCUCCUCAAAUCAGCUGAGAGGUCUUAGAAGAGGGGCAUUGUUUGGCCCUGACCCCCAACAUCCCAAAUUUCUCCCCUGUUAGUAAAACCACCCCAUGUGUCUACCUGCCUCCACACUGUUAUCUAUUGAUUUGUUACUUUUUAAAGUAUUUUUUCAAGUAAAAAGGAAAAAGAAAUCAAACAAAAGUCACAGCGGCGGUUUUCUUUUGUAUUCUUUUUAGUAUAAUUAAUAAUAGUUUUUGCUUCACACUAUUUUACCAGGUUUUUCCAUUGUCCUCUGAUUUUCACUGAUGUUAUGUUCGGCUGGUAAGAGCUACUGUUCACGACGCUGAGUAUUCACAGAGCUGUUUGUGGGAGUCGUGUACUGCUCAUUGAAAAUUCUGCACGAGUCAGUAUGUGGGGAGAGGAUGAACGCUGAGGGCGAGUGUUUCGAAGGGACUUUGUUCAUUGGUCGACCUUCCAGUCUAUCCUGACUCCUUCCCCUCGCUCCUUGUCUUUCUCCUUCUCUCUCACUCCCUCUUUCUCCACAGCUCUCACCUCCUCUGAAGCCUGCUGUUUUUCCUCGACUUUGUUUUUUUUUCCUACUGUCUCUCAUCUGUAUUUAUUUGUCACAUUGCACCCAUUAAAUACUGAAUGAGCAACUCAGCUUUUGAGGAAAGACA